GGUAGUCCCUGGGAGUGCAUUUCUCCGUGUAUUAUAUCUCGUCCGCAGCAGUGUUUUGCUGGGCUGUGUACGCAAAAUACUGCAUGUCAUCUCCUGUCAAACGCUUCAGUCCAGGGAUUUGGUAUGCGUCGUAGCAUGUUGUGUUUAAUGGUGGAGGAGGCUUCAUGGGGAGAGUUAAAUAGUAAUAAUUUCAUAGUGGUCUUUAAGACAACCUGCCAUGGAAUUAUAUUCUGUUAAUUACAGGCUGAAGUUUUGAAUGAAAAUCAGAUUUAAAAGGAUCUCGUUACAGACAGUAGCCAUUUUAGGAAAAAUCAGCUACGGAAGGCAGAGCCCCUUUACAGGAAUCUCCUGUUCGAGGGAAAUUUUAAAGGUUACAAGAGCUGUGAGCUUGGGUUUCCUGGCUUCUCUUCCCAGCACUUCCAAUGUCAUUAUGUGACCUUGGGCAAAUAAAUAUUUUACCUGUUUGUGGAGGGGGGGUGGGGGGGGAUAGACACAGUUUUUAUCUCACCAAGAUUGAUCUAUUUGUGCUUUGGAGACUUAAGCACUUCACAUCUUACCUUGUUCAAAGGAGAGACCCCUGCAUGCGAGCACAAGCACUUUUGGUGAGUCUGGCUACAGUCUGUGAAGGAAGGCUUGCCUGCAGGAUUUGAACAUUUUCCCUGAUGGAAGGGAGUUUGUAUGGCUUUUCAGCUCUCUGUAUGCUGGUUUUCUUCACUUCUUUCACCCUAACAAAUUCCAUCGUUCCUCUACUACAUAUCAAGUACAGUUACUGCAGAUCUUUAAUAUUCCCAGUGUGUACACCCAACUUACCGUCUGGAUACCAAAUGCUUCUUUCCAGGUCUGUGCCUGAUAUGUGCAUUUCAGUAACCACGAGAGGGUGCUCAGAGCAGUGCCUCCCUUUGUCUGCCUCUCUUGCGGCCGAGAGCAUCACUGAAGUCCUGCUGAAGCAAACCUUAUUCUGACCUCACACAUGUUUAUCCCUCCUCCCACCUCGUUCAGCAAGGAGAAAUAUAUAGGUGUACCGUUUCAGUCGAUUACGUUAUGCUCUUCCCAUGACCAUGGCUAAGUGUUGCCCUAUCAGGUGAAAUUCACUUCUACGCAGCUACAAAUUCCUCUGAGAGAGAAGACUGUAAUAAUGAUGAGCCCCCUAGGAAGAUCAUUCCCGAGAAGAAUUCACUUAGACAGACCUACAGCAGCUGUGCCAGACUGUGCUUAAACCAGGAAACAGUAUGUCUAGGAAGCACUGCUAUGAAGACUGAAAAUUGUGUGGCCAAAACAAAACUUGCCAAUGGCACUUCCAGUAUGAUCGUGCCCAAGCAAAGAAAACUGUCUGCAAGCUAUGAGAAGGAGAAGGAACUCUGCGUCAAGUAUUUUGAGCAGUGGUCCGAGUCUGACCAGGUGGAGUUUGUGGAGCACCUCAUCUCCCAGAUGUGUCACUACCAGCAUGGACAUAUAAACUCAUACCUCAAACCCAUGCUACAGCGGGACUUCAUCACUGCACUGCCAGCUCGGGGAUUGGAUCACAUUGCUGAGAACAUUCUGUCAUACCUGGAUGCCAAAUCAUUGUGUGCUGCUGAGCUGGUGUGCAAGGAGUGGUACCGGGUGACGUCGGACGGCAUGCUGUGGAAGAAGCUCAUCGAGAGAAUGGUCAGGACAGACUCCCUGUGGAGGGGCUUGUCAGAGAGGAGAGGAUGGGGACAAUAUCUGUUUAAAAAUAAACCUCCUGAUGGGACUGCACCACCCAACUCAUUCUAUAGAGCACUUUACCCCAAAAUUAUACAGGACAUAGAGACAAUAGAGUCAAACUGGAGGUGUGGAAGGCACAGUUUACAGAGGAUCCACUGCCGAAGCGAGACAAGCAAAGGAGUUUAUUGUUUACAGUAUGAUGACCAGAAGAUAGUAAGUGGCCUACGAGACAAUACUAUCAAGAUCUGGGAUAAGAAUACAUUGGAAUGCAAGCGAAUUCUCACCGGACACACGGGUUCUGUCCUGUGCCUCCAGUACGAUGAACGGGUGAUCAUUACUGGAUCUUCAGACUCAACAGUCAGGGUGUGGGACGUGAAUGCAGGCGAGAUGCUGAACACACUGAUUCACCACUGCGAAGCAGUACUGCACCUCCGCUUCAAUAACGGCAUGAUGGUGACAUGUUCCAAAGACCGUUCCAUUGCUGUGUGGGACAUGGCUUCACCAACAGACAUCACCCUGAGGAGGGUGCUAGUAGGGCACCGAGCUGCUGUCAACGUAGUGGACUUUGAUGACAAGUACAUUGUAUCAGCAUCAGGUGACAGAACUAUAAAGGUAUGGAACACUAGUACCUGCGAAUUUGUGCGCACCUUAAAUGGCCACAAACGAGGCAUUGCAUGUCUGCAGUACAGAGACAGGCUAGUAGUGAGCGGCUCUUCAGAUAAUACUAUCAGACUGUGGGAUAUCGAGUGUGGGGCAUGUUUACGAGUACUGGAAGGCCAUGAAGAGUUGGUGAGAUGCAUACGCUUUGAUAACAAGAGGAUAGUCAGUGGGGCAUAUGAUGGGAAAAUUAAAGUAUGGGAUCUCGUGGCUGCUUUGGACCCCCGUGCUCCAGCAGGGACCCUCUGCUUGCGAACCCUUGUGGAGCAUUCUGGAAGAGUCUUUCGACUUCAGUUUGAUGAGUUCCAGAUCGUCAGCAGCUCACAUGAUGACACCAUCCUCAUCUGGGAUUUUCUGAAUGACCCAGCCGCCCAAGCAGAAUCCACUCGUUCCCCGUCCAGAACAUACACCUACAUCUCAAGAUAAAUAACACUACACUGUACCUCACACUCGCACAGGACUCAUUUAAGCUGCAGUAUUUAAAUGCCAGGACAAAAGAACUAUCCACGUAACCAAUACUUGCUGAAGAGAGAGGCUCUCAGACUUGUUUCUGGAACAAAGUUGGCAUGCGGUUGAUCUCAGACAGGGUCUACUCAGCGCGGCUGACUGCUAAAGUGCUGCUAUAUCAGAAGAUGUCUUUUAUCUUUCAUGAACAGUUAACAUUUUUAAGCCUUCCCAUACCUUUCCUCCCCUGUCCCGCUCUUCCUGUUCACUCCUCUUCCCUUUACCCUGUUUGGUUCCCCUCCAAACCCAGUCACAGAUGUCCUAUGAAUAUAUUUAAGAUGUUGCCAGAAUGUGUUGCUUUGCUGUUAAGCAGAAGACUUAUAGCCACAGUGCAUCCUGCUGAGAAAGUCACUUCAGGGUGGGUGGGAGGGUGGGUGGGGAGAAGGCUGCUACUCUCAGACUGAAAUCAAUAUCCAUUGCUAGGCCUUUGAAAAAGCAUUCAGCUUUGAAGAGCAACAGAAACACUUAUAAAGAGCCAGACCAUCCCCUCCCCCCUCGACUUCCCUGCGGCUUUUGGCUGUUCUGACUGCAGACCUAUUUUUUGUGGAGAGAGGACCCUUGAAAUUUUACCAUUAUGAGCCAAAUCCAUCUCUUUCCUCUCCUGCCUGCUAUGCUAACCCUUCGGAAGCUGGAUGUGUAUUGUAGACUCCCUUAGCAUCUGCUUGGCUGGGGAAUGCUAGUCAGUGAAAAGUUAAACUCUCUUCUGCUGAAGUCCCAAGCAUGAUGGACUGAGUCUGAGAUCCCGUCCACUCCCACCCCAGAUGAAAUGUUGGCCCAGGGCAGUAUUUCACUAGCAAAGGGGUUGUCUGCACCAUCUUCCUCCUGCGCUUCUCCUUGAAGACAGUGUGUUGCUGAUGGCUUAGGAAUCAUUCUGUAGAUUGGAGGAAGUUUGAGGCUGGGGUGAGGAGGAAAGCUGGACAUUGCACCUUUCUUUCCAUGCCUUCUCCUCUUAGAGAGGCUUCAGCUGGGUGCUGGAAGAAGGAGCUGCUAAACACCUUGUGAGCUCUCAAGAUCUAGCCACCCUAGAGUCGAGACACUACCCAAACCCCCUGGCCAUGACAAUAAGACUUUGCUCACAUGAAUGAGCAAAUGCACAUUCAGUACAGUCAGUACAGUUAGCGGUGGCUUGAGGCUACUUCUGCAGCAUUUCUGGGACAGGCCUUGGUAGAAAGCCUUUGGAGGGAGAGCCUUUGGUGUGCUUCUCUAACCUGUGUGCAUGCUGCAUUGCGGUCUAGGGGCACGGGCUGAUUAGUCCUUUUGCUGAUAGGUGAGCUGGAUCUUUGCUUUCUAGAUGAGACUUUUGCAAAUUGCCAUUGUUUAGAAGAUAAAAAGAGCCCUAAAGAGGAGGGGCAUGAGAAACAAUUCUCUGUGUGUCUGAACUAGACGAAGAGGUCUAGGGGAAAACAGCUUUUUUUACAGAGCUGGAAGGAAUUGCAGCAGGCCUGCAUUUAGAUCAGGAAAGACUUGUAAAUCAGUCCCUGGCCAUUCCAGGUUUGGGCCCAGAAAUUCCACUGUAGGUUUUGAAUAACCCCCACUGCCUUAGUAGGGGGUUGCUCCAGUGCCACAGUAGGAAAUCAGGGCCCUUCAUCUUGGGCUGGAGGGGUUUUAAACAGGCUUUAUUAACACCUCUAAACUUGGAACUUAGCAAGUGGGAAAUUUUUUCAAGCUAUUCUCAUCAACUUCACUUUGCUGGGGAAGCAGUUGCAUUGUUUCUAAUUGCUUGGGAUGCGCUUUUUCCACCAAUCAAAUUUUGCAAGGAGCUGGGCCAGGAGUCCCCAAAGAGCAGUCCAGAGGGGUUAAAUCGUUUUGGUGGCAGGUAGGACAGACAAGAAGGCAGUGGAGUUACAGAGGAAGGGAAAGCUUGUGCUUGGGGAGUACUUAGUGCAGUUUCUGAAGCAUGUGGGCAGCAGUGUUGAGCACUGAGCUCCCUGGAUUUUCGUUGAGCCUGGAGCCUACAUCAGUUCUAAGGAGAGUCUUGGAGCAUGUGGUGACGCUCCUGGUUUCUGUUUGAAGUAUUACUGUUAAACGGUCAGACAGGUUAACAGCUUGACCCUGUUCAGGUAACAGCAGCAGUGUGACUUACCGCUGCAGAGUCAUAGAAGUUCUGAGCCACAGUGCUAAGUUCAUCCACAACUAAUUUUGGCACUACUUUUAAGUCUAGGAAGGCUGUUUUGGAUUUCAGGCAGCUCUACAUGUCAAGCAUACUGCAGUCCCAAAGCCAAAGCGGCAAGGGAGCAGAGAGAAUCAAAGUUUACAUCCCAGACUUUGCUGAAGUUCUGAGUCUUAAUUUUAUUUGAACACUGUUCCUCUAGGUUCAGUUAUUACAAGGUCUGCAGCAUGGUUGCACAUCAGCAGGAGUUUAUAUGACCUUGGCUUCAGAUUUAAUAGUUCUUUUCCUCAGUUUGGUCAUCCUCUGUCUUUUACAUGUAGAUUACUGUAGAAAAUGGGGAUCUUACGCCAGCCUCUGAAGGCUGCAGAACUUCUUAAUAUUUUCCUUGCGUCUUUGUGGCUAGCACCUACAAGGAUGCAUUUUAUUUUGCUAGUUGAGAGAAUUUGAAGAAGCGGAAGACUGGCUGGCCAAACACAGAGACAACACUGCAGUAGAUUGUCCUUGGUUGUCAUUGCCCUGCUGCUCCAUGCUGGUAUUCUGUAGCUUCUAAGCACUGUUGGGUCUUCCAAGUGGUACUGUAGUUCAGACUGUGCUGUAUAGAGCUGUUUAAGGUACAAUUAGUGAGCAACAGCUGAAAUCCAUUUUAGGCACAUGGUAAGAAUAGCAUCUUGCCCUCAAGAAGAGACUGUGUCUGGGUACUUCAUCAGAACUGCAGGAGGGUGAGGAUUCCUGCCCCACUCCCUGAGUUGUACAAAUUCUCUGAUAGCUAAGAAGGAAAGUGAAGUUAACUGAUCUAACUUGAACUUGAAACUGCCACAG